AUGGUGGCACUCAUUAAGCGAUUCACUCGUAAUGGUGUUCCUCUGAGAAUGCUUAUUCUUGGAGCUCCGGGUGCCGGCAAGGGCACGCAAUCUUCUCGUAUCCGCAACCACUUUGCCGUAACAACCAUUUCCAGCGGCGACGUUCUGCGCCGCAACAUUCUGGAGCAAACACCCGCCGGCCAACAAGCCCAAGUAUCUGUCGCUCGCGGAGAACUAGUACCGGACAACCUAAUAGUCAGCCUAAUCCGCAACGAACUCGAAACUAUUCAAAACAACAACUGGCUUCUCGACGGCUUCCCCCGCAACCUUGCACAAGCCCAAGCACUAGACCAAAUGCUCCUAGCCACGGACCAGCCGCUCAACGCUGUUGUUAAUUUGAAUGUCCCAGAGCAUGUUAUUCUCAAUCGCAUCAUCGAGAGAUACGUGCAUGUGCCUUCGGGUAGGGUUUAUAACCUGACAUAUAAUCCGCCAAAAGUGCCCGGCGUGGAUGACAUCACGGGGGAGCCCCUGGAGCAUCGUCCAGAUGAUAACCCGGAGUCAUUUAAGAGACGCUUGCAGCAGUACCAUGCGUUGACGGAGCCUUUGCUGGAAUAUUACAGGAAGGCUGGCGUUUUGGCAUCGUUUGCCGGUGAUACUUCGGAUAUCAUUUUCCCUCAGCUUAAGGAAUUCCUUGAUGAGCGUUUUGACUGA